ACAACCCCACUAUGAAUGUCAAUUGGCCUGUUUGACUUAACCUAUUGACUUUCUUCUAGGAUAGAUGAUUUGUUUGCCACCUGGGUUGGCCAGAGAAUAUAGAGCUUCCCUGACUGUCAAGGAGGCGAGGGCACACCAGAGGGACGAAAAGUCGUGCGUAGAGGAAAUGAUUACCGCCUCUCUAUUUCUGUACCGCCAAGCUCUUUAUUGGUCUUAGGCUGCUGGGGCAGAGAUUGUGUGUGUGUGUGUGUGUGCGUGUGUGUGUUUUCCAUCUACCUCCUGCAAAGCACACUCCACUGACUGUUUGGAUCUAUCAGCGUGUACCUGAUCUCGCUUCCACGGCUGGACUGAGGAAAUAAGGGCAAUAAGCAGUAUCACAACGGGCCUAUCCCGUGGCACCACGGAAGAGUUUUCACGAUGAUAGUUACAAUGCUAACUGCUAUGUACAUGGUGGUCAGAGUAGUUGAAAAGAUAGGAGUGCGGUUUGCACGCAGGGAUCCUCCCUUGCCUUUCGUGGUGACCCAGGUUCUGCCCUGGCAGGUGCACCAUGUGUCCCAAAAGAGGAGGAGCAGCGCAACAGCAGAGUACGAUGGUCAGAGGAGGAACAGCCUAGGAGUGUUCAGAAAGAUAAAUUCGGACCUCUUCCCCAAUACAACGUUGGCUGUUGCUGUUGCCACUUUGGCUGUGCCCUGUCUCCUGACGUGCAACCGGAAAGACUCCGCCUGCAGCAACGGGUGUGCAGCGGCGCCCCUCGGCCUCACCCUGCCCGCGGAGAAAGCUGCCGCCACCAUCCAGAACCAGUUCAGGAAGUACCAGCAGAAGAAGAAGGAGACCAAGUAGAAGCACACCCGCACCACCCGAGCUCUGCAAGACAGACAGACGGACAGACAGACAGACAGACAGACAG